GCCAACCUGUAUGCGAGCAACUCCACCUUCGCUAUAUCUUCUCAUGUCAGUCGUCGCUCGGGCGCGUCGCGACGCGAAGCUUCGUUUUGCGAUUCCGUCGUAACAUCCUGCCGCAAGUGAUAACGCAACUACUUUUCAUUAUCGAGUAGCUAUCAGUAGAACGUUUAACGUAGUGUAGCGAUACCGUUCAAAGCGACAUAAAUAUAAAAAUUUUUUUUAUUUAAAAAAGAAACACUUAUCACAUUCAUAGACAGUUUCGAGAAAAUAAAAAAACGUGUGCUGUGUUUUUUCGCUGCAUUUUUCGAGAAUACUGAUGAUUAAUUUGCAAAUAAUUUCUAAAGAAUUAAUGUUGCAUAAAAGAUUUUAUUUUUCUUUUAUUCAAAUUUUAUUUAUUUCAAAUAUAAGAUAUUUUUUCUUGAAUAUUGUAUGAACCGAAAUUUAUAAUUAAAAUAUUUAUUUUACGUAUGGAAAAAACAGCUUAAGUAGAUUGCUUUCGUUUGUCAAAAAUUUGUUAAUUUUCGUAAAUAUUUAUAAAUUAUGAUAUAUUGUAUACAUAUAAUACUGUAAAAAAAAAACACUAAACAUAUUCUAUUAGACUACAUGAUUUUUUCUUUUUAAUAUUAUUAUUAAAUUGUAAAUUUUUAUGGCAAGAUUUUAAAACUUAUAUUGUUCUGUAAUGUAAGAAAGGUUCAUCACUUUUUCUAUUUUGACCUGGAAAUGACUACAAUUCUUUGGCUCGGAGCCAAGGAUGUCUUCGUGAAAGGAACAAAAGCUAAUUAUUAAUGCGAAUAGCGAUUUUUCAAAAGUAAACGAGGACGGUUUGUUAAUAGCUUAAGAGUUCACGUAAUGCUUCGCCGAAAAGGGACGAGACUUUCGCAAACGACCGUUCAUUCCUCGUUCCUUUAGUCGUUCGUCUUUGGAAUCGCAUAUCUUUAGUGAUAGCAUCAUGUGGAACCGCAAGGUCUUCAUCAGAAUAAUCGAAGUGCUCUUAUGCGUCGCUUGUGUCGUGGCACUCAGGGUGACGGACGAUGAGAGUCGAAGGGUGUUUCACUACUUGAGGAAUCGUAGCCGGGAGUGGUCACUGUUGAACAACGUGACAUGGGGCAGCAUAGGAGCUGCUCUCGCAACGGCGACCUGCGGCGGAUACAUCAUCAUAACGACUGGUCUCUUGAUCGCCGCGGCUACCGGGGAGCUCCGCGGUCGGAAGACGGAAUUUUUCCUGCUCGGACUGGGCGUGAUCCUCUUCGGGAUAGUCGGCGCCUUGUCGUUGGCGUCUAUCGACAGCGUCCCCGAGGAUCUGGUUGACAAUGCUGCAGUCCUGGGAGCGCUGUGUCUGCUCACAGCGUUGGUAUUCAUCGGGGAUUUACUGAUGAGCCCACCUCGCAAGAAGGAUAAGCAGGAUGAGGCGCGAAUUCUGGAAAAAGAUUUAGGCAAGCGGCAAGUAACGCCAGUGGUGACCAGUGAGGAUACGAAAUCGAAACCCAAAUCGGCCGUCGUGAAAAUUCCCGAUGACGAGGUCGGUCGCGCGAACGACGCUUUCCAGAAGACGGAGGAUCGUCACGUCGAAGCAGCGAGAUCCCAGCGGGAAUCGUCGGUGGUUCGUUCGCAGGAUGACUCUCGGGACGAUCGGGAAUUUCGCGGCGAUCAGGAACCGAGAGAACGAGCGCAGAAUUUCGAAAACGGCCGAGUUCUACGGGACUCGAAGCGAUAUCGCGAGACCGACAUCGCGCCCGAAUCCGAUCGUAGGUUCGACGAGUCCAGGAUAAUGUACAAGAGCCGGGACAUUUAUCAGCGACCAAUCGACGAGAUCGACACCCCUCGCUUUCCCAUGGAACACGAGAAGGGAGAUCCGAUGUUCGCGAAAAUCGUCAAUCCCAGCGUGAAGAUCAUGAGGAUCGAGCGAGACGUCGAGGAGGCGCUUGACAGCUACAGGUAUUCGGACAACAGCCAAUACGACAACGUGCCCGUCAGAAUGCGCGGUCCGUUAUCCGGGAUCUUGAAGGCUCAUCAUCGCGACGUGUCCUUCAACGUGCCACCUCCGCCCAAGGAAUAUCGAUCCGGGGAACGGGAAAGAUCCAAGGACGAGAUCGAGAUGCUGGAGGAGUAUCUCGGCGCGCUGAGAACCACCGGGACGCAAACUCCGAGGAUGCCGUCGUCGCCGACCGAUCCGGGAUACGUCCGGCACACUGCAAGUAACUGGCCGCAUGACUUUAAGUCGAGCACUCCAAGACCUAGCCCCGAUCGCAGAGUUUAAUCCUUUCAUGACCGCUCUUGAUACAUUUUUUCUAAUCAUGUGAUCGACUAGUUCAUAUAAUAUAUAUAGGAACAUAAGUUUCUUUUUUCGUGUAAAGUAAUCGAUUUUAAUCGACUCUCUUCAAAAAACUCACUAAUCUUGUCACUUUUAUAUUUCACUCUUCAAACAUCUCAUCAAACUUUUUCACGGAUAAUUUAGCCAUGAAAGGAUUAAAAAGUAAUUAAUAUAUAAUAUAUAAUAUAUACAACCGUAUCUCGUAUACUUGAUAUCUUGUAAGAUUUAGACUUAAUUGUCGUGUACACGAGAUGCAAGAAGUAGCGUUUAUACUUGAAUAGCAUUUACAACAGUGAAAUAAAUAGGAGGGAUAUUAUACACGG